AGGGCAAGCGACCACAGGAAAGUGUUGUGUCUUUCGCCUUACCUGCAGUCAAAAGGUACUUUCUUGAUGCUGUUCAAGAGAAAUCCAGUCACCUGUGGCAUCAAGAUCAAGGUAUGUUUGAGUGUCCGUUGUAAAGACUAAAGAGAUUUUCAAGAGUCAGAGAGCAACAACACGAAGAGAGGAGAGAACUGACGUCCUACGAAGCGUUACAAAGCGGAACAGGCCACUAGUAAAAGAAGAAAUAACACACAUUUCUCUCCCUACGUCUCUGGGUGUGAUGCAUUGGGUGGGCCCUCGCCUUGGAUGUGGUAGGAGAGUAAGGCAGCGCAGCGGUUAAGGACCGAGGACAAGCCUUGGCGAAUAUGUCAAACAGCGGAAAGUUUGACGACUUGACUAAGCAACUCAUCACUCACUUGCUCGGCUUUAAGGAGGAUGAAGAAAACUUCAUUCGAAGUGAGCAGUUUGUGUUGUCCAACCUGCUGUACCACCACUGCCUGGCUGUAAACAGCCAUGCCGUGCGGCGUUCCAUCGAUGGCCUGGCUCUCAAGUUUACCAUCCAUGGCCAGCACCAGCGUGCUUCUCGCCUCAAGGAUCUCACCCAGAAGUUUGUGGCCUCACCAAUCUUUAAGGACCAUCAUGAGACAGACCUUGAGUGGUCCCUGCUGUCCUUGCUACUGCACCUGAGCAACAGCCCCACCCAAGUGCCUUUGGGGGAGGGUGAGACCCAGGUGCCACAAGUACCGCUAGAUGAGGUCAGGCAGGAGAAGCUAGACUGGGCAACCUACUUACGAGAAGAUGAUCCAGACUAUGUACUUGGGCCUGAGGAUCCCCUCUCUGACUGGUCAGAUGAUGAAGACCAUGAGGACUGUGGGGGCAAAGAUCUCCCUGGACACCAGCUAUAUACACACAGUUCCACCUUGCCCUCUCUUCCUGAGACUCUUUUUACUGCAAAGCCUCCACUGCCAGGUCUCAAAACUCUAGAGCAGCUACAUCAUGCCAAGUCAUGGUUGUCAGACAAGAUCCACCUGCAGUACUGGGGACCAAAACAACCACAGGAACUGCCUGCCUCUAACCACCCCAAGGCAAAUAUUGCCAAGCUUUGUAAAAGUGGCAGUGGUAUCCAAAGGCAGUGCCAGCAGCUGAGUGAGUGGGCAGUGAUGAGGGAAGUGGUGUGGUGCCUCAUGUGUCCUGUGUCGUCACACGUGUUCGUCGUCAACCAGAGAGGGCAGUUUAAUGUGAAGGAAGGCAUCACCUUGUGUAGCCUCACACCUGCAGCAUUCAGGAGCAUGCUGGAGUAUGUCUGUGAGCCUCUGAAGCAGCUGCAUGUGCUUGAUGCCUUCAUGCGCAGGAACCAGAGCCAGCGCUUUGAACCUUUAAUCCCCUUGACUGUGCUGGCCUAUGCCUCUGGGCUGUGGCACUGGAGACAGGCCUUCUGCCACCACCUGAAGGGCCUAGAAGAUGCCAUCAAAGACCAAGAAAAUACACAUACUCUUCUUUGGCUGGAGGGUGAGCUGUUUCCUUGGCUGCGCACUCUUGCUGUCCUGUUUGGUGUCCACAUGAAGGCCUUUGCCCUGCCACCUGAAGCCAGUCCCAGAACUGUGGCUAUGAGGUUGCUGGGGAGUUUGUGUGAGGGUGUGGAGGAAGUAGGCGAGGCAGGAGUACGGGGUGUAAUGCUACGGCUACUGUUGCAUACCUUGCGCUCUUACCUGUCCAUCAUGCACUCCUGGCUGAUGCAUGGCUCUCUCCUUGACUGUGCCCAGGAGUUCAUUGUUCACAGAGAUGAGUUGAUAACAGUUUAUGAUGAAAGAUUCUGGCAUAAAGCUUUCAUUGUGAGCUUGGAGAAUGAUGACCUGAAUCAGAACAGAGAAACCAGAAAUCCUGCAAUGGCAAUAAUGAAGAUCCUCUCUCCCUUGCUGGCCAUCCUGAUGUCCGUUGGCAAGUCACAGGAGCUUCUGGCUGCUUUGGAUGCCCCACCAGUUGCCUUGCAGAGCCAUCUUAAGGGCCAUACAGAUUGUUCUCUGGAGGAGGUGGUUGUCAGAUACAUCAAAGACACAGUGUGUAGUCCCACCAAAGAGAGUGAAAGAGAGCUGCAAGAAGAUAGUGAGAGGGGCCAGGAAGACAGCACUGAGGGGAAGGAGAGUGUUGCCAGGAACACCUCAAGACAUGCCAGUCUGGAUCCUCUGAUGUGGGCUGCCUUCAAUGAGACACCACAAGACAGCUUAGUGAAGGAGACUCAGCUUAAUAUGGACCAUAUAGCCAGCCUGAUUGAAGAGAUCGGAGACAUCCCCACUAGUGUGUCGGUGGUGUUUCUCCUCACUUCUGCCCUCCAGCCUUUAGUGCGGAGGCGGCAGGAGGAGCUCAGUACCAAGCUGACCAAGGUACUUCUAGAGGAGCACCACCUUGCCGUCCACUGCCAGGUCGUGCGCUCCGUCCUGCUCAUGGAGGCUGGGGAUAUCAUGCAUGAAUUUUACUCAUAUCUUUUUUCCAUGAUGGAUGCUGGUGGUGAGGAAAUUGACAGCAUCAGCCUAACUCUUUUCCUGCAAUACUGUGUUGCUCGCCUCUACCCUGACCUGGCCCAGUUCUUUUCUGUUUCUGUACCAUUAUGGAGGAACACAGAAGAGCAAGCCUCAGUUGGCAGUCAGCCCAGUGUAGGGAAGAGUGACCGAGUCUUGCUGAUUGAGGAAUAUGAGAGGCUGGGCAGAGGCACUCAAAAGAUACAUGACUCAAAACAUCUUCAAAAUAGUGCUUCUUUGAAGGUGUCUUUAACGAGGGCCGGGAUACCUGAAUUACAGAUCUGUUACCAGGCACCAUGGCCAGCCAAUCUGUUGCUGACGGAACCAGUCAUGAAGAAAUUCAACAAACUGUUCAACUUCAGCCUGAGCCUCAAGAGAGUCACAAAUGGCUUAGAAAGACUUAAGUUCAAAGAACUGAGCAGCUGGAAUUUAAUUCUGGAUCAUGAGCUUGAGGAGAGUGACACGGAGGGCCUCCAGAUCCCUCUGCAGUCUCGCCUUCAUCGACUACAGCUGUUCCGCCAGUGGCUACUCUGCUUCUCCCGAGAGCUGCACGACCACUUUGCCAACACUGCCUUCUUGCCUUUCUAUCAGGCAGUGGAACAGCUCAUCCUGGCAGCACCUCCACUCAACACUAUUAUCACAGAGCAUGAAAAGCUGCUCAACAAAAUUUCCUCAGAAUGUCUGAUGGGCAGAGAUGAAAAAAUACAUCCUUUACAAGUAGCAUUGAACAAGAUGUUCUGGCUCACACAGCAACUGAGUCACCUGUGGCUGGGAGAUGUGAGUAGAGUGAAUGUUGGGGAGAUCACCAAUCUGGAAACUCACUAUGCUCAGGUGCAUCGCUACUUGGUGAACUUUCUCACCACGAUGGUGUCCCGCAGCUUUUCUCCUCAUUUGGAGGGAUUGACACGCUCACUGGUGGACACUGUGCCUCUGCUCGCCCAUCAGUAGUCAGCCAGGGCUGGAAAAGCUGCUAUCCUGCCAGAUUACAGAUGUGUGUGGUACGUGAAGAUGCUGUGGGAUAGAAUGUUACAACCUACCCAGCCAGUCACUGCUUCCAUCAGGCAGAAUCCUCUUUACGUGGUCUUGAUCUGAGACAGUGGCAGUACUGCUUGUUCUCGGAGAAAGGAGUUCACGUUCCUCCAGUUUUUUUUUUACCUCUAUCUGCAAGGUUACCCUUCCUUAUCUGCAACUGCAACCUUACUCUGUCUUUUUACUGUGAGAAUUUAUUUUUGUAUAUAAUUUGCUACAUAAUAUAAAUAGCAACUAUUAUCUGUAUGAGAAUUAUGAGGAUCUCUUUAAUGUAUAUUGUCUUCCCUCCUCUCCCCUCCUGGCCUCCCUCUCUCCCCUCCUGGCCUUCCUCCCUCCUUCCCUCCUCUACCCUUCUGGCCUCCCUCCUCUAUCCUUCUGGCCUCCUUCCCUCCAGGCCUCCCUCCUUCCUUCCCUCAUGGCCUCCCUCAUCUCCCCUCCCUCCCCUCCCCUCCUGGCCUCCCUCCUCUCCCUUCCCUCCCCUCCUGGCCUCCCUCCUUCCCUCCUGGCCUCCCUCCCUCCUUCCCUCCUCUCCCUCCUGGCCUCCCUCCCUCCUUCCCUCCUCUCCCCUCCUGGCCUCCCUCCCUCCUUCCCUCCUCUCCCCUGCUGGCCUCCCUCCUUGCCUCCUCUCCCCUUCUGGCCUCCCUCCUUGCCUCCUCUCCCUUGCUGGCCUCCCUCCUU